GUAUUAACAAUUAAUUAAGGUAGCAGUUACACAUGAACUGCACUUUCACACAAGAAUUUAUGACUCCUAGUUAAAUUUAGUCCAUGAUUAGCGCAUACAUUAACUCAUCAUUGAUUCAUAAUAAACAAAUGUUUAGUUUACAUAUUAAUACAUCAUCAUUCAUGUACUAUUGUUGUAAAGCGUUAGCUAUAUUUUAUACAGACAAAUAUAGUGAUGAUUUAUUGUGGUUUAGGAAAUUGUGAAACAGCCGAAAAGCUGGCAACAGUCUUCGGAAUUGUAGCCAUUCAUGGGUUAAUGUCUGUGGUUUUUCGUGCCCCUCAAAAACCAUGGCAAGACUCUGCGAAAUUUCCAGUAUGUACACGUGAAAAGAGCUACCACUGAAGCCCACAAAUACCUGCGCAUGAUUGGCAUCUAUUUGUCAUAAAAACAGUUUUUUUCCCCAGUCUAAAUGAGCAUCCAUCUCUCUCACCGCAUUAUAGUGGCUUCGGUAUCAUUUUUAGGAUCUCUUUGGAAGGGUGGGGGCAAAACUACCCCUUUUACAAACAACUUGUGCAGUAAAAUGUGAAGUCAGUGGAAGACCUUACGCACUCGUAUUAAGAGCAAAACAGUGGUUUUGGCUUUCCCACACACGCUGGAAGCAUGGAUGUUAAACUGGAUUUGACCGUCCACGCUGUUGUUUUCAUCCUUCUGACGGCUGGAUGCGCGCACUUGGACGCGCGCUCGGUCCCACUUCAGAGGUCAAGGCGGCAAACCUCUACAGCAAAACCAGCACUGAAGGUGACAGAAUACCAUGUGAGAUGUUCAGUAGUGUCCCGCUAUGCUGUAACUACAGUGGAGAGCACCGUCUGGAACCAGCUCCACAUUGCUAAGGAAGCAGCCUUUGAGGUGGAUUUGUCCUCGUCUGCGUUCAUAUCCAACUUCACCAUCACAUCAAACCAUAAGGUGUAUGUGGCUCAGGUGAGGAGGAGGACUGAUGCCAGGAAGAUCUAUGACAAUGCUAAGAAGCAGGGGAAAACGGCAGGACUUGUUGCCACCAAGGAACGCGAGAUGGAGAAGUUUCGUGUGGCAGUCAACGUUCCUCCUGGUGCUCGCGUGUCCUUCUCUCUGUCGUAUGAGGAGCUGUUAUCGCGAAGACUUGGGCGUUAUGAGCUCUCUCUAGGUCUACGGCCAGGCCAACCUGUGCAAAACCUAUCCCUGGAGGUCAGCAUAUCCGAGAGGACAGGCAUCAGCUUUAUCAGAGCUUUGCCACUGCGAACUAGCCGACUGCUCUCCAACACCGUUCAAGCAGAUGCAGAAGCUCCUCCUUCAACUAAGGUCAAGCAGAAUGCUUACUGCGCUCAUGUGCGCUACACUCCCUCCAUACAGCAGCAGAGGAAUGUCUCCCCCAAGGGGCUCAGUGCAGACUUCAUCAUUCAGUAUGAUGUGGAGCUCAAAGACCCCAUGGGGGACAUCCAGGUGGAUGACGGCUACUUUGUUCACUAUUUUGCACCUCGAGGACUUCCUGUGGUUCCUAAAGACGUCAUCUUUGUCAUUGACAUUAGCGGCUCAAUGAUUGGGACAAAAAUCAAGCAGACUAAAGCGGCCAUGGUCAGCAUACUAAGUGACCUACGCGAAGGAGAUUACUUCAAUCUCAUCACUUUCUCAGAUGAUGUCCACACCUGGAAGAAAGACAGAACUGUCCGGGCCACACGGCAGAAUGUACGGGAUGCCAAGGAAUUUGUCAGGAAGAUAAUCGCAGCAGGAUGGACAAACAUCAACGCAGCUCUAUUAUCGGCAGCUAAACUGCUAAAUCCAUCCACACGUUCAUCUUCAUCCACUGGGCGUGCACCAUCUUCUCAACGUGUGCCUAUGAUCAUCUUUCUGACCGAUGGAGAAGCCACUAUUGGGGAGACGGAAACAGAUGUGAUUCUGCAUAAUGCACAGAAAUCUUUGGGUUUGGUGUCGUUAUUUGGCUUGGCCUUUGGAGAUGACGCUGAUUUUCCAAUGUUGAGGAGGCUGGCGCUGGAGAAUCGAGGUGUGGCUCGCAUGGUAUACGAGGAUGACGAUGCAGCUAUCCAGCUGAAAGGUUUCUAUGACGAAGUGGCCACUCCUCUGCUUUCAGAUAUCCAGCUGUCCUAUCUCGACGAUCAGGUGUAUGAUAUCACUCGCUCUCUGUUCCCCAACUACUUCCAGGGUUCUGAAUUAGUAGUCACAGGACGACUUAAACCAGGCGUACGGGAUCUGAAGAUUACACUGACAGCAAGCGAUUCAAAGCAAAAAGUGAAAGUGGAAAAUGAGCUACCAUUGGCCAAAGCACUUAUAAAUGGCACAGAUCCGGCUCUGGUUUGUGGGCAGGCACUGGAUGGCAUUCCUAGCUUUGUGCAUCGGCUCUGGGCUUACUUUACAAUCAAAGAGUUGCUGCUGGCUAAAAUGAACACCUCGGAUGUGACCAUACAGCGUCUUCUUGUAGAAAAAGCCACCAAUCUGUCACUGGAGAACAAUUUUGUAACACCAGUCACUUCGUUGGUUGUCAUUAAACCGGAUAUCGAUGAACCAGAACCGACUGUUAGCUCUUCAGUAAUAACUACUACUAGCAAGACUUCAGCUAGUACCACAGCAGGUUCUGCAAACAUGAGCAAUCAGACCUCUAAUGUUGCACCUAAAAUAUCUUCCACAUCUGCGAUGGGAACCAAAAAAUCCAAGCUGCUCUCACCACCAAAAACAAGCAAACCUCCUGUCACUAAAUCUGUUCAAGCACAUCCACCACUCUCAGGGCUCCACACCACAAAUCGACCACCUAACGCCUCUGUCUCUCUUAACAAAACAAUUCUUACUCUAUCCCCAAAGAAGACCACUACAGGACCACCUAAAACCACCACUACCAUACUGUCCACCAAGCCAUCCUCCUCUCCUCCUAGCACCAUCAAAACCACACAAACACACAUGCCACCUAGUACAUCGAAAACCUCUACUUCCUCUGCGCCAGUCAAAAUCACAACGCUAGCCACCCUAGUCAAAACUGCACCUUCUGCAGAGCAAGACUCUUCUUUAGACGUCAAAAACUCGACUAACUCAAGACUCGCAAUGCUUCAGCAAACUCAACAGACAUCAACCUCCACAGCAUCCACCACAGAGGCUGAUUCAGACAUUCAGGUUGAGCUGGAAGUGGCUACAUUGAUGGCUCCAAAUUUUCUGCCAAUGCCGGGAAUGACAGAUGCACCAAAACUGUGGGAAGCCGCUCGUUUUCUUGAUGUGUCUUCGUCCAUCCAGAUUCAGAGGAAAGAUAUUGAUAUUGAUCUUGUUCAAGAUUAUGAUACAGCACGUGACUAUGACUACAACAUCCACUAUGAGUCAUAUCCAGAUGCAGAAGUGUCUGACCCAAACAACCCACCCAGUUUAAGUUCGGUUAGAGUGUUCUCCUCAUCAGUGGAUGGAGACCCACAUUUCGUGAUUCAGCUCCCAAAGCAAGAUCAGCACUUGUGUUUUACCAUUGAUGGCAGGGCUGAUGAUGUCCUACGGCUACUUGAGGAUCCAGAAAAAGGCAUUAUUGUGGAUGGGCAUCUAAUUCUGGGACCUCCUAAGAAGGGGAUGGAGAAUCGUAAUCGUACCUUUUUUGACAGAAUUUCCAUCACUGCUGUCAAACAUACUGCUAUGAUCACGUUAACCUCGGUUUCGGUGGUAGUGGAAGUGGAAGGGAAUGAAAUGGAGAGGCUGCCAACCCAUCAGAGAGGAUCGGUGGAGCAACAUGGCUUGAGAAUCACAGUUGAAGAGCAUCACAGCUGUUGGAUUGAGCUCGAGGUCGGUGUUCGGUUCCUUAUUCUCUUCCAUCGUUAUAACCAUCCCGAAUACUUUCAGGUGGAGCACCUGGGCUUCUAUAUUGCAGAAGGAAUUGGACUUUCUCGACACACUCAAGGGCUGUUGGGACAGUUUCUACAUAGCCAUAUAGAGGUCACGAAGGGAAUGAAUCAGGUUGGUUUCCAUCAUGCACAAACAAAUAAGAACACUUCAUUGGCUUUCGGAUUGCUGAAGAAAGGAGACAAGCAUUUGCCAGUCACUCUGCAAAACACAAACCUGAAAGACUCUACCAAAAAGCGACACUUGUCUCAAUGUUGGGUUGUGCCAAAGGUGGAUGUAGAGAGACUCCUGGAACAGUCCUAUGAAAGCUAUGUGGUGGAUCGCCAAUAGAUAAUCCAUAUCUACACAUCUACAGAGGUACAACAAUUUAUAGAAAAGACUGUGUAAAAUCUUUGGGGAUAAAACAGACUAUGAAUAUCCAAACUGUGAUCAUUUGAAAGAUGUUUUCAAAAGGAAUGACUGAACCUAAUGCUUUGUUUAAAUGUUUGUGUAUGCUAACAUUCAAAGUCUUCUUUUCUUUUAAGAAAUUAAGUAUUACUCCGCAUGAAUGCCAGACUUGUAUCCAUAAAAAAGUCACCUCAUCCCAUUUAAACAAACAUUACUAAAGACUAGAGUAUUGGUGAAAACAAUAACAGUGUAAAGUGUUUUUAAAUAGAAAAUAGUUCUUUGUAAAUUGUAAUAUGAAGUUUGUAAAAUUAGUAAAGUGUAAUUUUGUUAAAUUGCGAUAGUAUUUCCAAAUAUCACUGUUAUUUUUUUGUUAAAUCAGCAUGACCUUGGUGAAACUUUGACUUUUUUCAAAAACAAAAAUAUAAACAUCCACAAACUUUUGAGUCGUGCAUAUCAUGCAGAUUGAUUUCAUAAUUUAUAUUGAAACACUUUUUUAAUAUUCUCCUUGGCAUAUAGAUAACGAUCACAAUAUUUUCUAGUUAUUACAUAUUUUAUUCUAGGCUUCCAGGUAGUUUUAAUAUAUUUGUUUAUAUACGGCUUAUAAUAUAAUAAAAUAAAUUAAUACAACAAGGAUUGUGUAAUUAUUAUUAGUUAAACAUUAUUAGUUAUGGCCAGGGUCAAACAGAAUCAGACAGACAUUUUUUUUCUAUUUCUGCACAGAAUUUUGUAAAAA